UGUAUUUUUUGGGCACGUGUUAUUUUUAUAAAUCUUUUAUUGAAAGCCAAUAUCCUCUCUUUUGUUUUCUUUUUUUUAUUGUUAUUAAAAGCAUGUAUAAGCUGGCUUAUACAUAUUAAUAAGAAUAAGUUACCCCUUUGUUAUUCAAAAUUAAAAAGAUUUUUUCUGAAGAAUAUUGGGUCAGAAAAAAUAAAAAUUGUUUGUGUUAGUGUGUGGUCAAGUUGGUAAGCUUUCUGCUUUUGGGGGUGAGGUCGUGUGUUCGGUUCCUUUUGAGUCCUAUUAAUUUUAAUUUGUUUCUUUUUUCAUUUUUAGAUGUUGUAAAUUUUUUUCUUUAAAGUAUUCUUUACUUUUUAUUUUUUCUUAUGGGAGAACCUUUAAAGCUUGAAUGGCCUGUACUUUUUGGAAAACUUGUUGAAGCAGUUACUGAUGUUGGUGCUGAUGAAGAAAUUAAUUUUUUGAUGUUAACUGAAAGCGAGAAAGAGAAUUCUGAUGAUUGGACUGAUAAUUUAUUUUGUGACUGUACAGCAAUGACUAUAAUCGAUAAAUUUGGAGAAAUGGUAGCUGUUGUCCCUUUACAUCAAAUAGCAUCGGUCGGUCUAUUACCCUCUAAAAAUAUUCUGUCAGUGAGAAUUGGAGAUGUCAAUAUAUCCAAAGAUUUGUUUGAUUUGUUAAUUAUUUAUGUUCCAAAUGAAGCAAUUGCUAAAGAAAUUUGUCAACAUUUUGUUAAUUGUUUUCAAUUUAUUUAUCGAGAAGCUAUUAGUGAAUUUGAAAAGGAGGUGGUGGAUGGAGAAGAUGUUUUUUUGGUGGAACAACAAAAUUUGGAUUUGGAAAGUUUGUUUACCUUUUUUUUUAUUUAUUUAGUCUAA